UCAGCGACAAAAUUUUCCGAUCAAUCGCCGAUAUUCUCUGACAUUCCAUCGAGGAGCUACGACGUUCCAACAGAUAGAGGAUCUUUGGUUGUUCCUUCUCACAAGGUCACUGUACACGAUCGACAACAAGGAGUAGUUCACGAGUUUGAGUUUCCAGAGACUUUGAAUUUCGGGAAAAUGUUGCUGUUCUGGUGUUCUAUAACAACUGCAAUGUAUGAUCUGGAGUGUCGAGAUUCAAGUUGCUGUACUAGUUGUGUCGUACGUGUAAAAUCUGGAGAGCUGAGGCAGCCACAAGCAUUGGGAAUAUCAGCAGAGCUGAAGUCUCACUCAGGGAGUUAUAUUUGUGAUUUGGCCAGAAACACAUGUGGUCUGGAAACGAGAGAGACAAUUUGUGAUGAUGAUAUAGUCUGCGGAAAAAUGGGACAAGGUCUUAUU